GAGGGACAUUGGUGAAGAUUAUCCCCACUUAAUUACAGAUGGCGCUGUGGUAGAUCAGGUCCAACCACAUCUGUUGUAUGAUAAGAAAGCCAGCAUGCAUUCAUUGAUACUAUAUACAAACAUUUUUAUACUGAUAAUUUAGAUAUUAUAAAUUCCUUUGGUUCAUUAUUAUUUAUUAUAAACUGUUAAAUAGUCAAUUUCACUACCAAUAUGUCACAUUAUGGAAGCUGGACACUGCCUGAGCUUAAAAAAGAAUUAAAAACAAGAGGUGCACGUGUAUCAGGAAGAAAAAGAGAAUUAAUUGAAAGAUUGGAAUCAUAUGACAGAAAUCAGAACUUUGGAAAAGAAACUGCUGAGGAUGAAUUUAACAUGACAUUGCCAUCUUCUUCUAUAUAUAAAGAUGUGAAUUCAGAGACAGACUUUUCAAAUUUUACAUCAAAAUCAAUAGACAUAUAUCUGGAACCAAUGGGAAAAACACUGGACACUAAAGCUAAGCAAUUGUAUAAUAACAGAUUUUUGAAAUACUUGCGACUGGGGACUGAAAAUGAUUUUUUUUUUGUAAAAUCGGAGUGUCAUGCUGAGAUGAAAAGAAAAAUCACAUACAAGGUUGAUGUUUGUAUUAAUAAAGAACUAACUAUCAUGGAGGCCAAGUGUGAAUGUGCUGCAGGUAUGGGCCCAACAGCUCAUUGUAAACAUGUAUGUGCAGUCCUCUUUGGAAUGACCCAGUUUUCUUGUUUCAAGGAGUUGAGGACAGAAGAGACUUGUACACAACGGUUACAAACUUUUCAUCAAUGUAAGCCAUUUUCUGGUUCACCUAUAAAAGCUCAGAAAUUGCCAAUUUCGAACGAGGGUUUGAAUGUAAGUUUUGAUCCACGGCCGGAAAAGUUUAGAAGUGUUAUUGGAUAUAAUGACUAUUUUAGGAAUAUUUGUUUGAACCAUUCAAACAUUGGUUCAUUUCCUAUAUCACACCUUUUUCAACCAGCUAAUCUGUAUGCUGUUGCAGUAGAUCAUGAUUAUUUCAAGCUUUCACCUGAGGAUCACUGGCUAAAAGACAACAAAUUAUUUCAAAUUUCAGAUGAAGACAUAAUUUCAAUACAGGCAUUAUUCAGAGAACAAUUGAAGUUCCAAGAAAUGAUACGGAAGGAAUACUUAAUAUAUAGCGUUGCAAUUAAAGUUGUGCUAGGUGUGUUUCAGCUAGCCCCUAUACAAAAAAAAAUGUACUGGUUCUGUGAUUAUAGACGUAAUACUAAAGUCCGAAAUAUAACAAUGAACUAA